AUGCGUCACACUCCAACGUAUUCAGAGUUCGGUUUGGAAGAGCCCGGAAAAAUGAGUUAUGCAUUAGUUAAAGAUAUCAAAAGAAACAAUACAACUAUGUUAACCUGGACAUGGAAGAGCAAGUUUUGGGGUCCAGUGUCAGAGGAAUGGAGUUGGUUGAAAUCGAAGGAUAUUGAUUUUCAUUGCAAAAUAAUUUUCGAGGCUGACUCGACCGCAUUAUUAUGGUGUCCAUCAGAAAAUCAAGCAUCUCGGAAAAGAUUUGCAACUGCACUCCAUUCCCAUAUGUGUGAAGUAUUCCGGGUUGAACCAGAAAUGCAAUUCGAUUUGUCUUUGGAUUACAUGGAUGAACUUCCGUGUACGAAUACGGUUAGAGAUGUUACUCUGUUUGACACAUCUGUGAAUUCCAAAGUUCUCGAUGAAUUUUUGGAAACAUUUCAAGUAACUCGAGUACUUUUCUCUAAAACUAUGAAACCAAACAACCCGUUGAAAGAUUCAAAGAGACUUUAUCACCUGAGCAACAUGUUUAUUCACUCAGCCCUCUGGCUCAAUGGCUCAAAACUACUUGGAUUGAAUUGUGAAAAAUUUGAUGGUGAUGGACUCCGGACUCUCUGA